CUCCAGUGACUUCCUUCAAACCGGCUUUUCCCAGAACAAAUAUGGCGCCUCCGCUUCCGGAUUUCGGUGAGCGGCUCUUGCGGGUCGGACUAUGGCGACCCAGGAAGCCGCUCCAGACGGCCAGUCAGAGGAGAGCAGUGCUUUGGACUUGCCACCAGUUGAUGACAUAAGAGAUUAUGUGCUGCAGAGACCCCACCAGGAGGCCGACAGCGAGGUGUUUAGUUCUGUGGAAACCCUUUCUCUUCCUUCCUCUUCUGAUGUGGAUUCAGACACCAGUCACCUAAAUACUGAACAAAAUGAUUCCUGGACCUCUGAGAACUUCUGGCUUGACCCUGGUGUGAAGAGCCAGACGGAGACCAAGGCAGAGGAUGAUGGGCUUCGGAAAUCCCUGGAUAGAUUCUAUGAAAUGUUUGGCCAUCCCCAGCCAGCCGCUAGAAAUCCACUCUCCACAUCGGUCUGCCAGUGCCUGUCUCAGAAAAUCAAUGAACUGAAGGGCCAGGAGAACCAAAAGUAUGCCCUUCGCAGUUUUCAGAUGGCCCAGGUCAUCUUCAACCGGGACGGCUGCUCCGUCUUACGGAGGCAUUCCAAGGACACCCACUUCUACCCACAGGGAGAAGGAGGUGUGUCUCUGGAUGAUGAAAAGCCCACCCCGGGACUUUCAAAAGACAUCAUUCGUUUCCUUUUGCAGCAGAAUGUGAUGAAAGACCUCUAAGUAGCCCCCGGUGGUAGGAACAGGCAGUGUGGAGGAUGGCCCUGUGGCUCACACUGUCAGGGCCCCACGCACAUCCCUUCGGGCCUCUCUGGCCAGCCCUGUGGGUCCAGCCCCCUGUGAGCUGAUACCUGAGCCAGGUCAGCCCACAUGGAGAGCCAGCAGUGUUUGUGGGCCUGAUAGCCC